GAUGUGGAACCACAGCCGCGACCAAGAGCGCAGGCGCUCCACCCCCCUUGAAUUAAAUAAUCUGAAGGUUUUCUGUGCGAAACCGAAGAUGGCGACAGACUAAACUAGGACUAUCAAAGGGAAGGAGAAGAUGAGAGGCAAAUGUCGCUUUUUGAACUAAAAACGGAAGAAAAAAUAAGACUAUUGUCAUGUUUGAGGAUGGCAGAUAUAGAGUAAAGAUUUCGUAUUUGUACGUGCUAUGCGUUUCUUGUGUGAUGCUGCACCGGUGCUGGAGGUGUCAGUAGGAUUUCACAACAUGUUACAAUUUUCGGUGUAUAGGGAAUAUUAUGCCGGACGUUAUCUAUUUGCAAUGGAUUAGACGCCGGGGUUUGGAGUUGGAUUGAUUUCUUGACACAACAACUUGGGAAAAAUGCUUCCCAUCACCAUGUUGCAAACGAGGUAGGUGACAUUGUUCGGGGGAUAUAUUGCAAAGGUGAAAAAGCCAUCUGAGAUCGCUUUUGUCUACCCCCUAAAAUAUGAUCAGGGGUGCUUGGAUGUUUCGAAGGGAAGAUGACGCCGUGUUAAAAAUCUGUUGUGCACCCAAACAAAACGAUAAACCCUGUGCCGAUUCCGAGAGGGUACAGAAAUGGCGAAUGUCUUUGGCAUCCCUAUUAUUUUUCACUGUCCUUCUCUCUGAUCACCUCUGGCUGUGUGCUGGAGUUAAGCUGAGGUCCAAGGAUAGGAGCAACCGCAAAAUCUGGAUCAACGCGACUGACAGGGUCCACCCGGCUCUAAAUGAGGGAAAAUGUGGUAUUUUUCUAAGCAAUUUGACCAAAUCCGCUGCUCCAAGUCCUCAUUGCACUGAUGCUCAAAGCCACCACACACACCUGGAGUCAGCCUGCACCACAUUGUAUCGACAAAGAACUGGCUUUAGGUCCUCAACUCAAUCAACGUUCUCGUCACAGAUGUUACUUGAUUAUUUUAGGAAUUUUAGCCUCUCUUUUUGUGAUUCUUACACCAUUUCUGACUUACUGUUGGGGAUGUCAAGCCCAGACAGUUUAAAUUGCAGUCUUCAGAACAUGGUUUUGGAUUUGUUUAGCGGCGGUGGGGAUGAUGAGGAUGUCUGCAGCAUCUGUAUCCAGGCGUACAUGAGGCUGGACCAACACGCUCAGGAAAAAUAUGAGGAGUUUGACUUCUUCUUUCUCAAGUAUUUAUCAGAGGAUUAUUCCGUCCGAUCCCACACAGAGGACUGUAAGGUAAGAUCAAUUUGUGCUUUCUGUCAUAGGCUACACCAGUUCUCCAGGUGUGCAUUUUUCCUCAUAAAGGCAGUUUAUUUUCAGCAGGGGACCAGUAGGCUACACUCUUAG